AGAGGAGGACAUCUUGAAGUUCUCGCUGGGCUUUAAAUUACUGUUUCUAAUUCGCUGGUUUAUGAUUGAAAGCUAAGAAGAUUAGGACUUCUCUCCAGACUUUUAAUCUUGAUUGAUUUUUAGCGGCAAAAGACAAAUACUUUAACUUUAAAACUGGACGACCUGCCAGACAAUCAAAUUGUCUAACUUCGUUCGCGCAAGAGACUUCCAAGAAUUGGGUAACAUUUAUUUGUUUACAAGUGGACGAGUUGUUAAAGCAAGCAGAUAGAUUCAAGUAUGUCAGAAGAAAGUGUGAAAGUAGCAGUAAGGGUUCGCCCUUUUAAUAAGAGAGAGCGAGGCAGGAAUGCAAAACUGAUCAUUGACAUGAAAGGAGCAACAACUACAAUCUUUGAUCCACAAAAUCCAGACGACUUAAAAGAAUUCACAUUUGACUAUAGCUAUUGGUCUCAUGAUGGAUCAAAGGAGCUUGAAAAUGGGUAUUUUGGUCCAGAUGGACCAAACUCUAAAUAUAUUGGACAGAAAGAGCUCUUCAGUGAUGUUGGAGCUGGUGUUCUUGAUAAUGCCUGGUCAGGAUAUAAUACAUCCUUGUUUGCCUAUGGUCAAACUGGCUCUGGAAAAUCAUGGUCUGUUGUUGGAUAUGGAGCAAAUAAAGGCAUUGUCCCUAUGUUUUGUGAAGAAAUUUUUAAUGGAAUACAAAAGAAGAGAGAUGAAGGAAGCAAUGCAGAAUUUGAGGUUCUGUUCAGUAUGCUAGAGAUUUACAAUGAGAAAGUACGAGACUUGCUGAAUCCAUCUACUGGUAAAGGAGGUCUGAAAGUACGAAAUCACCCUAAGAAGGGGUUUUAUGCUGAGGGUCUCAGUGUUCAACCAGUAAAGAAUUAUCAAGACAUAGAAAUGAGGAUGGAAGAAGGAACAAAGAACAGAACAGUUGCCUCUACCAACAUGAAUGCAACCAGCAGUCGUGCCCACACAAUAGUGGGAAUAACAUUUACUCAGAAAUCAAAGAAUGAAGCAGGACAGGAGACAGCUAAAAAGUCAGUUGUCAAUCUUGUAGAUCUGGCUGGAAGUGAACGAGCAGAAUCCACUGGAGCCACUGGGGAUAGACUCAAGGAAGGAGCAGCAAUUAACCAAUCACUUUCGUCAUUGGGAAACUGCAUUGCUGCUCUUGCAGAUCGAGCCGGUGGAAAAAACGUCAGAGUUCCAUACAGAAAUUCGGUCCUCACGAUGUUGCUAAAGAAUGCUCUUGGGGGCAACAGCAAGACGAUCAUGAUUGCUGCAUUGAGUCCUGCAGAUAUAAACUACGAGGAGACACUUUCAACAUUGAGAUAUGCUGAUCGAGCCAAACAGAUAAAGACAAAAGCAACUGUUAAUGAAGAUCCAACAGAAAAAUUGAUUCGAAAUCUUAAAGAAGAAAACGAGAAGUUGAAAGAACUGCUUGAAAAGGCCAGCGCAGGAGAAAAGAUUGGGAGAAUUGAUGAGAAAGAUGAUGAUGAUGAUGAUGAUGAUGAUGAAGGAUUAUCUGAAGAAGAGGUUAAAAAGAGGGUCGAGGAAGAAUUGCAAGCCAGAAUGGCAGAAAAUGCUAAAUCCAUGGACGAGAUGGAACAGCAAUGGGCUGACAGACUUGCUGCAGCUGAAGCAAAGAAUAAGGAAAGAGAUGAAGCUGAAAAGAAGAAAGGGGAAGAAAAAAUGUCAACACCACAUAUUUACAACCUGAAUCCAGAUCCGAUGCUAUCUGGGAUGAUUGUUCAUUUGCUUAAAGAAGGUGAUAACAAGAUUGGGAAAGCAAAGCAAGAAAAUCCUCCAGAUAUUCCUCUAGUUGGACUCAACAUAAGAGAAGAGCACGCGUCACUGCAGAUAAAAGAUGGUAGCUGCACUGUUUCAGUUUGUGCCAACUCCAGGGUCUUAGUCAAUGGAGAGCCAGUUCUCGGACAAAAUGUCCUACAUCAUCAAGACAGGAUAAUGAUUGGAUCCAGCCAUUUGUAUGUUUUCUAUCACCCUGCUGAAGCAAAAACCCUGAAAGAGCAAGGAAAGCUGAUUGAAAUUUCCUACGAAAUGGCCCAAGAGGAAAUCGCAAAGAACGCUGGAUUUAAUAUGAAAAAGAAGGAACAAUCCAACGAGGAUCUGCUCGUUCAAGAGGACUUGGCAGAUCUACUUCCGCAUGUGGAGCAAGCGAAUGAUAUUAGCCAAGAGCUCGAUAAGAAGGUAGAAUUUGAACUGGUAAUUCUUUCGGCCCAAGCAAGAGGCAAGCAUUCAGGAAAUAAAGAGGUUUUUGUAAAGGUGAAGCAACUUGACAGUGGCUAUGAAUGGUUUUGGACGAGACAGAAAUUCAUCAAUCGAAAAUACGUCAUGCAAGAAAUGUAUGAAGAUUUCGAAGGUGGUGAAUCAUGGGAUGUGCCUGCGGAGAGAGACCCCUUUGUUGAAUCACCAGAAACAGAGUGUUUGAUUGGCACUGCCGAGGUUUACUUGAAAUGCGUGGCCUACAUGAUUGAACUGGAAGAGCAACUGAAUGUUGUGGAUUAUCAAGGAGCUGAAGCCGGCCAUCUGAACGUCUCUGUUAUUCCAGUUGACAAAGAUGGAGGCCCAGUACCCGAGGACGCUUGCUACGUUGAAACGCCAGAUCAAUUGGAGGGAAAGAGAAUCGACUUCAAGAUUGAUAUUGAAAGUGCUGUUGGGUUACCCAAAAGAUUCAAUGAGGUUUAUUGCAAGUAUGACGUGUUUACAUACGAGAAUGUGAAGAGCGAGGCCUUUUCUGGGAGUCGAAACCCGGAAUUCAAAUUCUCAAAACAGAUAACAAUUGAUAAAUGCUCCAAAAAGGUGCUUGAUUUUCUUGCCGAGAAACCUGUCAUUGUACAAAUUUGGGGCAAGCAAAAAUCUGAAUGCAAAAAACCCGUUAACAAGGCCGCGAAAGAAGGACAAACGACUAAAGAGAUCAUGGCUGCAAGGAUUCUAAAGAAAGGCUUUUUGGCACAAACACAGUCAACGAAGCCUGUGCAUGGCCCUGACUCAGCAAAGCGAGUCGCUGAAAAUAUGCUGAUGAAAAGACAACUCGAAAAGCUUCAGUCCAGGCUGAAUCAAAUCAAGGAGCUUUGUGACAAAGCAGAAAAGGAUGGUGGAACUACAGUUUCGAUCGCUGAUGUUCGUCGGAUAUUAGGAAUAAACACUAACAAUGCACAACAACCAACUCAACCUGCUGCAGAAAAGCCCCCAAACAAUAACAUUACGGAAAAGCCGUCAGGUGCAACUGAAGCUGGCCCUCCCCAAAAGUCUGUUGCUUUCGUCACGCCAGUUGUCAAGGAAGAACCAAAGAGGCGAGACUCGAACUCGAGCAGUUCAAGCUCUGAUGGUUCCUCGAGCGAAGAUGAGGAGAAUAAGAAAGGAAAACAAGCUGAGGACAAGGACAAGAAAUCAAAGCCAAGGAAUCGAAGUUCAAUGUGUAGUUUAUUAUAGACAAGAAGGAUUUUUGCCAGUAUAUUUAGCUUCUGAUGCAAUACUGUCAAUCAAUUACACUGACAUUUCUCAUCCACACUACCUGUAUAGAUUAAAUGCGGAGGCAAAACUCCCACAAGGUAUCCAUUUGCAAUUGCACCUUCCUGCAAAAGGGUACCAUUUGCGCAAGUCGCUCCAGAGACACAUAACUAUUCUCAAGUACUUUCCCCCUUUUUUGUGGCCUUCACCUUUGCGCAUUUUUUGCUGAUUGGCAUACAUAAAUGAAACAAAUGAAGUCUCUUCAUAUUUUCUUACUUACUCAAAUGUUAGAUUAGAAAUCAUCGUCUUCCAUAGAUCUCCCAAGUUCGCCGUAUUUUAGGAGCAAUGAAUGUUCCAUAAAUCUAGUUCAUUUCAAAAAACGAGCUAACAUUCGUUUUCAUUUAUACAGUAUUUCAUUCAUCAGCUCUUAUCUUUCUGAAUGGGAAAUCUCGGUUCCACAACGUUUAUCAAUUUUUUCAAUUUAUUGCACUUUUAAUCUUGUAAAUUGUUAAAAUUAUUGGGAUUAUUGGUUUGAUUAUUAGUUCGUGACAUGUUGAUUAAUUAAUUGACGAAUAUAAUAUUUUUGCAAUAAAAAUAACCCAUAAUAAAA